AUGUCAAUAUCACGCAAUAUUCUUUUAUGUACAUUUUGUCAAUCAUUAUUCAGCGAUGCAAGACAAUUACGAUGCGGUCAUUCAUUUUGCUAUAGAUGUAUUGUAUCUCAAUUUGAUAAAACAUCGAAUAAAAUUGUUUGUUCACGAUGCAAGCGUAUUCAUCAUUAUGAAUCUUUUUCACAUUUUGAAAUGAGUUUAAUUGUUGAUGCAUUCGUUAUGUCAUUGGUCACAGAACAUCGACGUAAAACUACUAUUCAAUCAACACCAUUAUUAGCAUUUACGCUCGGACAAAUCCUUGAACGAAGUCCAACACCAUUUCUUAUUGCAAAAUGUGCUGAAUGUUCACUACGAAAAGAACUAGUUGUUUGUCCCGAAUGUGAACAAGUUAUUUGUUUUGAGUGUAUUUCGCAACAUCAAUUAAUUGUAAAUAAUAAUGUUCAAGAGAAUUGGUUGAAAUGUCAAGACACAUGGCACUUGAUUUGUGAAAAGUCGAUGUUAUUUGAUGAACAACAAUUUGAUCUUAAAUCUUACACGCAUGCAUUGCAAUCUCGUAUUGAAGAACGUUCGCAUUUUCUUUUGCAAACGGUAACUAAAUGGCAAAAGAUCUAUGAAAAUAAAAUCGAUCAACAGUCGGAGAUCCAUAAUAAUAUUUGCCAAGAAAUAACAGCACACUAUCAAUCAAUUGAUCAACAUAUUCAAAUAUUUCUUAACUCGAAAGAUCCUGAUCCUAUUAAAGCUGAACAUUUUUAUCAAGAAAUUACCGAGUUUAAAAGUAAAUUGCGUCAAAAAUUAAAAGAAUUAAAUGAAUAUUCGAAUAAAUUUCCAACUUAUUCAUUAUCAAAUUUUGACUACUCACUACUCGGUACAAUAUCUAUGGAAACUACUCAUGAACAUCUUAAACUCUCCAUUGAUGAUGAUAAUUCGGAAGUUAAUAUUGCAGAUGAACCUGAAAUCGAUGAUGAUCAAAGCACAGAUUCAGAUGAAAGUCAACAAACGAUACAGGAAACGAGUAAUACUCAAGAAAUAAUCGAAUCCGAUACAACAUCACAAUCAAAGACAUUAGAAAGUAUUCCAAACAAAAAACUUCUUUGGUCUUUGCAUUUUAAAUUUGUACCACAAUAUAUUUCACUUUAUCGACAAUCAAUUUUAUUUGCAUCCGAUCGUUGGGGAUUCGUGAGUACAUGGACCUAUACCAAUGCACGUACGAAGCCUACGCCCAAAAAGUCAUUUGUUCUUUUUCCUCAAUUUCGAAUAGGAGCUUGGUCUCGUGUCUAUGUGGAAUCAUUCAGUGUUUAUAAGUCAUAUAUAUGUGUUUUUGUCAAAGGAUCCGAUGAAUCACUGGGAAAUUUCAUUGCAUUCUUUACUCACACUGGACAAUUACAAAUGAAAGUUGAAUAUGAUCAUCGAUAUACACUUCGUCAAUUGAUUUGUGAUGAAAGUUCAAAAGGCAAUUGCAUAUGGGCUGUCGAUCGAGGCAUGCAUUGCAUCUAUAAACAUGAUUUACCACGAAUUAAUAAAGAAAUUAAAUCAUCUCUAUCAACACAUAAAAUCGCUGCACAUUUAAAUGAUCGAAGUUGCGAUGUUAUUCGUAUGGCUGUUAAUCAAAAUAUUCUCGCUUUACUCGAUUCUCGAACACAAAUAGUAACACUUUAUGAUAAAACUACUGAGAAAGAAAUAGGCAUUUAUUCAGCAGAAUAUUUACCCACCGGUGAAAAUAAAUUAUGGCGUGUAGAAAUAUUUCCUGAUAACAGUCUUCUCUUACGUUUCGAUGAUAAUGAACGUACCGGUGAUCGUUCACAAGUUAUUCAUCAUAUUGUUGUACAUGUUAAAAAGAAUGAAGCAAGCAAAAAAUAUGAAGCAAAAUCACAAAUACGAGCAACAAAUGUUUAUGGUUUUGCAAUUGGCUCUGAAUCAGAAGUUAUUGCUGGUUUAAGAAAGCCAAAUUGUUUCGAAGGUCUCAUUAAUUGUUAUGUUUGA